AUGGGCCACAGAGGCGCUAGGAAAAUCACGGAGCUGGGACCUUACCACCUCUCUCUCUCUCUCUCUCUGGCCGUCAGCGGACUCCUUUCUCUGCACACGUCUUUCUCUGAAAUGUGUGUGUGCGCGACAGAGAGAGGAGGAAUAAAGUGUGUGUGUGCGUGUGAGGGUGCAUGUCCGGAGCAAGUAAAGGCAGGGGGAUUAUUCGGCGCUAUCGAAAUAUUUCAACACGUCGCCCUCGCUGCAGGACUGAAGCCAAUAAGAAGGAACCCAUUUUAACAGGAAUGCCGAUAUUGUAAACAGCGGCAGAAGAGAAAGAAUGCGCUGCAGUCAAUUAAGUGACUCACCCCAGUUGGUUUAAUUCGACUAAUGUCCGAGAGCCAGCGACACACAGAAAGGUGUCCGAUGCGCGUCAACCUCCGAAGAAAUUCGGUCUCUCAGCACUCCUGAAGAUUAAUGGAGAACAUUUUUGCAUUGGCAGACUUUUGAUCAAAAUUCGGCAACGGUCUGUAGAGAUUCCCCCAGCAACUUCUGAGAAACAGUGGAUGCUUGUUCCUGCCGCGUUGAAGGAGGAAUUCCCAAAGCUUUCCAACUUCAGAUUUAUUUUUUUUCUCUUUUUUUAUUUUGUCCCCAUUUGCAGCUCUUGUACGUACGCUCCACUGUUGUAAGAAACAUUGUGCUUCAUCCGACCAGUCGUCUACAUUUGUUGCCUGCACUUGGAUGAACUUCCUGAUGAGAGAUCCAGUCAUACAAGGAUCAAGUAUGGCAUAUCAUCCGUUUAUACCUCACCGGGGUCCGGAAUUUGCCAUGAGUGCAAUGCUGGGUCACCAGCCUCCCUUCUUCCCGGCCCUGGCUCUCCCUCCCAGCGGCUCCCUGUCUCUGCCGGGCGCCUUAGGAAAGCCGAUCAUGGACCAGCUCAUGGGAGCCGCGGAGACCGGUCUCCACUUCUCCUCGCUGGGGCACCAGGCUGCGGCCGCCCACCUCAGGCCUCUGAAAACUCUGGAGCCUGAGGAAGAGGUGGAGGACGACCCAAAAGUUCACCUGGAAGCCAAGGAGCUUUGGGAACUUUUCCACAAGAGGGGCACGGAGAUGGUGAUCACAAAAUCCGGAAGGCGGAUGUUCCCUCCGUUCAAAGUGAGGUGCACUGGUCUGGACAAGAAGGCCAAGUACAUACUCUUGAUGGAUAUAGUUGCAGCCGACGACUGCAGGUACAAGUUUCAUAACUCCCGCUGGAUGGUGGCAGGAAAGGCCGACCCCGAAAUGCCAAAGAGGAUGUACAUUCACCCGGACAGUCCGGCUACCGGCGAACAGUGGAUGUCAAAAGUCGUCAAUUUUCACAAACUCAAGCUGACAAACAACAUCUCUGACAAGCAUGGAUUUGUAAGUUCAACUAAUACUAUUCUAAACUCGAUGCACAAAUAUCAGCCUCGAUUCCACAUCGUGAGGGCCAACGACAUCCUCAAACUACCAUACAGUACCUUCAGGACUUAUGUUUUUCCCGAAACGGACUUCAUUGCCGUGACGGCUUAUCAGAACGACAAGAUAACCCAGCUGAAAAUCGACCACAACCCAUUUGCCAAAGGAUUCCGUGACACAGGCAAUGGGAGAAGGGAAAAGAGGAAACAGCUGGCGCUGCAAUCCAUGCGUUCAUACGAGGAGCAGCAGAAAAAGGAAAACGGGGCUUCUGACGACUCUUCUGGAGAGCAGGCCUCCUUUAAGUGCUUCGGCCAGGCCUCAUCCCCCGCCGUGUCUACGGUGGGCCCCCCACACCUGAAAGAUUUCUGUGACAGCGACGAGGACAGCGACGAUGAGAGCAAAGAUGGACACAAUAAAGAUGGCCCGGACUCCAGCAAGAUUUCAACUACCACGGAGGACGGGAAGGAUCAUGAGGCGAGCCCGGCUAAGGGGCAUCCCUUUAGUAACAGUGACUCUGGCAGGAUCCGCGAAAGCGGUCACAGGACUGAGAAAAGUCAGGCAGACUCACGACAGAGCCCCAUCACUGUCAUCUCUAGUACCACCCGCUCUGGAGAAGACCUCAAGAGCCCGAACCUGGAUCAGCCCAAAACGGACGAAUGUAGGUCACUAAACAAGGACAGUUUCAUGCCUUUGACUGUUCAGACUGACAGCCCGCACAUAGGCCACAACCACUUGCAUAAUUUUGGAUUUCCAACAGGCCUCACGGGACAACAGUUUUUCAAUCACCUGGGGAGCGCGCAUCCGUUUCUUCUGCACCCCAGUCAGUUCAAUAUGGGAGGUGCAUUUUCAAACAUGGCCGCGGGCAUGGGACCACUAUUGGCAGCAGUGUCCUCGGGAGGGGUGAGCACCAUGGACACGACUAGCAUGGCAUCCCCUCAGCAAAGCUUGGCGGGGGCGCCGGGCCUUCCCUUUCAUCUGCAGCAACAUGUCUUGGCAUCGCAGGGCCUUGCCAUGUCGCCGUUUGGCAGUUUGUUCCCCUAUCCGUACACUUACAUGGCAGCAGCCGCGGCAGCGUCGUCCGCCGCCUCUUCCUCGGUGCACCGGCACCCUUUCCUGAACGCGGUGCGCCCCCGACUCAGGUACAGCCCCUACUCCAUCCCCAUGACGGUACCGGACAGCACUCUCCUCACUACCGCCAUGCCCUCCAUGACAAGCAGCGGGGGCGACCUGAAAGGGGACGGCAUCGUCCCGGCGAGCCCGGUGUCUGCCGUCACCCUGGAUUCCACGUCGGAGGUGACCAGUCACUCGUCCACAUUAUCCUCCGGGUCGGUCUCCAUGUCCCCAAAAACUUGCACCGAGAAAGACGCGGCCAACGAGCUUCAGAGCAUCCAGCGCCUGGUCAGUGGACUCGACUCAAAUCAGGACAGGCCACGGAGCGGAUCCCCUUAGGAUUUUUCCCCCCCUUUUCUUUUCAAACACACCACCUGCUUCUCGUUUCGUUGUUGUCCUGAAAAAUGUUGACGGCGAUGAAGACUUUAGGAGGGCUCCUCCUAGGUUCAUGCAGAUUUUAAAAGAAAAAGAAAAAAAAAAGAAAAAAAAACUAAAAUCGUGAACUGUUGGACUUUUUAGUUUCUGAAAUGCACUUUGUUUAAUACACAUCUGAUAUGUAUAUGUCUUUCUUUCUUUUCUUUUCUUUCUUUUUUUUUUUGUUAAGUUAAACAACACUUAUCCUGUCAUUUGAAUACCGUACAAGUAUUGAAACUGAAACGUUGGCAUGGGUGUGACUUACAGAUUUAGGAGAAGUUGCUGCUGUGUCCUGUCUCCUAACUUUAUUGUACACAAGGGGAAAUGUGUUUUAAUAUGCACUCUGAAACUGAUUCGACUUCUUUGAAUUCACUACCGUUUGAACUACCUUUUAAGGACUGCUGUAUUUUGUCGUACACCAUUAAUUGACUGAACAAACGUUGCAUGCCCCCCCAAAAAACAAAUUUUAACGCGAAAAGGCAACUUAAAAAAGUAUUGAAAAUAUCCAGUUUUUACCAGAAUUAGCUGCCGAAAAUCAGGCUGUCGGUUUUUUUUUAGAACCAAAUUUCUUUUUCUUUAUGCCUUUUCGAAAUCAGACUAGGCCAAAUAAAAAAAAAAAUGGUGCUCCGGGACAAAACUAUGACCCCAAGCAUGCGUAAUUUAUCCCAAACAUGGCAAAGGGAAGCAGAAAUUGAAAGUAAAUAUUAAAAAAAUAAUAAUAAUAAAGUAAAAGGUAGUAUUGAUCAUCGGUGUAAAUAGGGAUAUAUAAGAUAUUUAUGUAAUUAUUUCAUAUUGUUAUUGCGUGUAAAUACAACGGAGUAGUUUGUUUCUAGGGAUCUGUUCUUAAUUUAUUGUCGAUAUAUCAGUGUAAAGAUAGUUUGUGGGCUAUUAUCCUUUUGUUGCCAUGUGCAUUUAUACCCCCCUCCCAGUCCCCCCCCCUUUUUAAAAUAUGGACUCUUCCCAAAUAUCCACUGAGCUAGUUAUUCACACUCACGUGCCAUUGUAUUUUUCACUUGUUGUCCCCGUGUGUGAAGUGCUACUGUUUAAAACAAAUGGAAAAAGCGACGACGCACUGCACCAAUGGCUUGAAUUUUUCUUUUUCUAUUUCUUUAUUUUUUUUCUUUUGGAGAAAAGUAAAAGAAGUGUUGUUGAAGUGUGACAAAAGUGGACAUUUUUUUUCCUGUUCUUAUUAAAACACUUCGCGAACCUGAUCGUAAAAGCGCCGCAUAAUCGAAAAAAAAAUAUGAAGGUUUAUUUUGUGUUUCUUAAGUUGUCAGUGGGAUAUGUUGUAUUGGAGUUAUGUCUAGUUUACAACAUCGACAUCGUGUUCUUGAAAGUUUCAAUAAAACAUUGAAAUGCCA